AUGAGGAAUGAGAAGCUUGUGUCUGGCAAGAUUGGGCAGCUGUUGAGCUUCUUGCCAGAAGAGAGCUAUGAUGGGAUUCAGGAGGCUUUGGCAUUGACUGAGGGCGAGGGCGCAGCCAAAGCCGCAGAGGGUCUUUCUGAGGUUGAUCGGAGGGCAGGGAAAGCUGGCUAUGACAGGGUGUGUUCUCUUAUGAGAUUUGGUGAUGGCCGUCCAGACAAGCGCGCACUUUCGCCAAGCAGCCGCAGCAUUGCGGAGAAGGCGCGGCGGGCUUUUGCGUCAGAUGCCACCGUGGAGGGGAAGGACACCAAAGCGUAUGACAAGGCGCUUGCCAACGUGGUCAAGGCCAUCAAGGUAUACCAAUGCGGCCUGGAUGAGGCUAUUGCUGAAUGCCAGCGCAAGAAGGCUGCUGAGGAAGAAAAGGUCAAAGAAGAACAGGAGUCCUCCUCUCCGUCUUCGCUUUCAGAAGGGUCUGAGUCAGAUGGAGAGCAUGCUGCUGACAAGGCCGCUGCACAGGCAAUCGAAUCUCACAAAGCCAAGCGCAACUUGGACUGGCCACUGAUGGCGGAAGUGAAGGCUAGGAAUGUUGUGCUAGUCCAAAGCAGAGGUGAUAGAUCUCUUAUGAAGGAGAUGGACAAGGCCUUUGACCAAGCUCUUCUCUUCGAUGGAUUUUCAGCCAAAUUUCCUGAAGGAGUGAAUGCCGACUUUGAAGCUUUUUCCAAAGUCGCCAAUACAGUGGAUGGAAGCAAGCUCAGACAAAAGUUUGUCAGAGACAAGCCAAGUGAGUUCUCCCAAGUGAUGGAGUCAAAAGAUUGGACAGCUCAGGACGAGGUCAUUUUGAGGGAAUCCUUUUGGGCUGCUUCAUUGUAUGCGGCGCAUGGAAAGGAAUUCAUUCAGAAGGUGGAGGGUGAAGGUGAUUCUAAGUCAGAACGGAACAUACUUAUCGCCAAGCUUUUCAAGACUCGGUACAUGGCCUAUAAGUCUGACUUCCAGUUUGUAGGAAUCUUGGCCCGGCAUAAUGCCUAUUUGUGCUUAACGCAUACAGCAGCAUGGUAG